CGAAGCGAUGGGUAAGUGCGCGUGUACAUGCCCGUAAAGGCUGCAAGUAGGAGGCAAGGAAAGGCGCGGGUAAUGUUGAACAUCGAUGGAGCUCGUGUAAUUUGGUCAACAAGCAUUAAGGGUUUCAGUAAGUGUUGACAUGUUUGACGCUGAACGGAGUUGAUAUGUGUUGAUGUGCCAUGGUUUCACCUCUGUGCGCUGGUGUUCUGUCCUCCUCACGGUAUCCGGAUGGGAAAUCUCUGCAGAAAAGUGGCACACUGGCCUCGAAAUUAAUUCCAGAAUUCUCCAACAUCGGCAAAGUAUUAUAAAGAUAUGGAUAAACACUGCAGAGUGAAGGAUGAAGCCACGUCAAAGGCAGCAACGCGCAAGGAAAACAAACAGAAACAUGGACGGCUUUUUCGAAAGAAAUCAUUGAAGUCGGUGGGGAGUUUUGUAAAUAAAAUUAUCAAAACUUUGGGCACUUUUACCCACUUUGGAGACGUUGCAGUUCAGGGCGCAGAGGAUGACGAUGGAGGGUUUCGUGACGGGACACCUUGCACACUCAGUGCCAACUCAGAAAAUAGCAAAGAGGAUGUCCAGGUCGCCGGGGAGGAUUCUGUUAAAAAUAAUUCGAUAGCUUCUUCCCGUUGCUCGGUGAAAGAAAGGGUUUUAUGGUGCUAUGGUGGCAACAUUCCAGGUGUUAUAGGCUUGAAAAAUCACGGGAACACCUGUUUCAUGAACGCCGUGGUCCAGUGCUUGAGCAACACUGACCUGCUCGCAGAGUAUCUCGGGUUGGAAUGGUACAAAUUGGAUUUGAGUCGAAGGAGAAUUAAUGGGAUUGUUAAAAGUGAAGACACGCAGCAUGCCAGAGGUGAAGUCACGGAGCAGUUGGCAUCACUUGUUAGGGCACUCUGGACUCUGGAAUACAUCCCGCAACUAUCCGUGGAAUUCAAGAGUAUAGUAUCAAAGUAUGGAUCCCAAUUCCGAGGAAACUCCCAACAUGACGCCCUGGAGUUCCUGCUUUGGCUUCUGGACCGAGUUCACGAGGAUGUCAACUUGUCCUCCUGCAGCAACAACAAUAAGAAGACCAAAGCCCCAGGGAAGGGCCCUGGUAUAUCAGAGGAGGCGAUGGUCACUGAGCCUCCCCACUCGCAGCAGCCCGGGGCACGCCACAGCUUUGUACAGGAACACUUCCAGGCACAAUACAAGUCAUCGCUGACCUGCCCUCAUUGUCAUAAACAGAGCAACACCUUUGACCCUUUCCUCUGCAUUUCACUUCCUAUCCCUCUGCGCCACACCAGGCCUCUGUGUGUAACUCUGGUCUUCAGUACGAAGGGCCAGAGAUACCUGCGCAUCGGGCUGGCUGUGCCUCUCUUUGGCUCGCUGGCCUUUCUGAGAAGGAUGUUGGCGGAUGAGGGGAAGAUCUCUCCAGACCAGGUGAUCCUGACAGAGAUCUACACCACAGGCUUUCAGCGCUCCUUCUUUGAUGAGGAGGAUCUGACGUGCAUAGCCGAGACUGACAUCAUCUAUGCCUUCCAGGCCCCGCCCCUAUACAUCAGAGGAGGCUCUUCACAAUUCUCAGGGUACCACCACAGCCUGCCGUCCUCACCGUACUCCUCCGGGCCCGAAGGUCAAAGGCUACCUCCAUCUGGAACUUUGUCAACAGAGUUCCUGAACCAUGGUGUGCCAGUGAAGAUCCUGUUGCUGGUGUGCAACGCCGCCUGGAAUGCCCAGCAGGCUGUCAGGUUUGGACCGCCGUUCCUGAUGAGGGAGGACCGCUCCAUCUCCUGGGACCAGCUGCAGCAGAGCAUCCUCAGCAAGCUCUACUACCUGAUGAUCAACGGAGCACAGGCCCAGAAUGCCAGAGUGCUGUUUAAAAUCCGUGUGGUGGCAGGAUCAACGUCCUACAGCUACCUCUCCCCCCAGGAUGGACGGCCGCUCUACCACCCAGCAGUGAACAGAGCUCUUAAUCUCUGUGGCUCAGGAGGACCGCCCCAUGUGAAGCUCAUCAUCGAGUGGGAACACAGAAUCAAAGACUGCCUGUUUGGGAACAUCCAGGAGGAGGUGGUGAAGGAUGCUGAGAGUGUGAGAGGCCAGCAUCAGCAGCACGUCCAGCAGCACAGUUGUACCCUGGACGAGUGCUUUCAGCUCUACACUAAAGAGGAACAGCUGGCUCCGGACGAUGCAUGGAAAUGUCCCCACUGUAAGCAGCUGCAACAGGGCAUGGUGAAAAUGAGCCUGUGGACGCUGCCUGACAUCCUCAUCCUCCACCUCAAGCGCUUCCGGCAGGUGGGCGAGCGCCGCAACAAGCUGGCCACGCUGGUGCGCUUCCCCCUAGACGGCCUAGACAUGGCGCCCCAUGUGGUGAAGAGGAGUCAGAGCACCCGGCUGCCCCCCCACGGUCCUCUGCUCCCCGGCCCCCGGCACCCGGCCUGGAAACAGCCCUGCCCACCCGACGUGGCCCCUCCAGACUUCCUAUAUGACCUCUAUGCCGUGUGUAACCACCACGGAGGCAUGCACGGGGGACAUUACACAGCGUUCUGCAGGAACUCAUUGGACGCCCAGUGGUAUGGGUAUGAUGACAGCAGUGCAGAGCCAGUCACAGAGGCGGAGGUGUGCACACGGGGAGCCUACAUCCUCUUCUACCAGAGACGCAACACCAUCCCUCCAUGGUCAGCCAGCUCCUCUCUCAGUGGCUCCACCAGCUCCUCCACAUCAGACCACUGGCUGAUCCGUCUGACGCGGGACAGUAAGAGGGGCAGCCUGUUCUCUGGGGGGUCCACCUCUGGCCCUCCUGGCCCCACACCAACCCCCGAAUCCCCAGAGCUCCCUGUGUUCGAGGACGAGCCUCUUAAAACAGAGACAGAUGGGUUUGAGAAUAAGCUAUUUGUCCGAGGCACUCAGGGCAGGAGCGUGAGCAUGAGGUCACCCACUAAGGACACCCUGAGCAAAGUGCUGCCCCUGCGCUGGUCCUUUGGUUCCAAGGACCGCCCCAAACCCUCCGCCCCCAGGCGAGGGGAGCUGGUGGAGUACCUGGAGUCAGGGCGCAGGCCGCGGUGCACCAAGGACCCCAUCAUCACCCUAGUGGCCACCCCGCCCCAGGGCGGGCACAGGGACCUGGGCAGCUCCCCCAGUGGGAGCAGCCUGAGCUGCAUGGACAGGUCCAACUCUGAGGCAUGCGACUCCCCAAGAGUACCAGAGGGCCAGAGCAAGCCUGCCGUAGAGAGGAGCUCCAGCCUGGGGCUCAGUAUUACCACUAAAGUCAGGGAUGACAGCUCACUUGGCCGGAGGUCCUCCAAGAGGUUCAGGCAGGACCAGGGCAGGACCCUGGACCCUCACCCCCAUAGAGGCUCUACUGAUGGGGUCCACAUCAGCCACAGUGCCCCCCCAAGUAGGGACUCCACACUGAAGAGACCCAAGGCCCAAGCAGGGCUGACCUCCAGGGUAGGGGUGCUGCAGGCUGGUCUACAGCCUGAGGAGAGGAAGGGGAUGAGGGGUCAGGAGGUAAGGAGCCACGACAGCCUCUUGUCCUUUUUCAAAUCAGGCUUCCUGAAGAAAGAUGCUCAGAGUACACCUAGCAAGGGGGAGGAAGUUCGGGCCAAUGGCCACGGACGAACCAGCAAGGUAGCAAACGGUAGUUCGUCUAAACUCUCCCUCUCCAAUGGGACCCUGAACGGUGUAGCGCUGGAGGAAAAGAGGGCCAACGGCGCCCCUAGAAGUGACUGCCGUCACAGCAAAGGGCAGUAUGUCAACGGGAGGGCAGGGAGUCACAGCUCUGCUGCUGACAUCAAGCGUGCCCACAGCUCCAGUAACAUCCAGACCAAACUGGACUUGACCCUGCGCAGGUGUUCCUCUCUGCAGAGGAACGGGCAGGUAGCUCCCCCGGCCCCCCGCAGCAGCCUGGCCACAGACAAGCCCAGCUAUGCCACCCUGCAGCGGGCACGCUACAGCACCACCUCCCUGGGCAGGCAGCAGAGACCCGUCCCCGAGUCCUGCUUCUGACUCCCUCCGCACCGCUAGGCUAACUGGCUGCUGCCACAGCAGUAUAGUUAUCUGGUGUGUGUGUCUCUUUAUUUAGAGUUUGUGCCAAUGCUACUGUCAGGGUUAGCAUGUUAGGAUGAGCUGAGCAGUCUGGCCACCACUGCUAUAGCAGAGGAAUACUAACGGUAUUACUAUAAGACAGGUUCUUAGGGGAGGCUUUGCCAACAGUAAUGCAGUGUGUAAUAGUUAACUGUCUGUCAUAGUCUUCUGUUUAAUGUAAGUGCCUCUGUGACAGUUCAGAAUGAUUGUUUGUUGAACACUGGAACCACGCUAUUGAUUGACACACAUCACACCCAGACGGUCACCAGAGCUGUUGUUUCUGAAGGGCAUCAUGUACCCUCUGUUAACACUGAUGUUUAUUGACGUAUUGUCUUUGUGUGUAAAUGAAUCUAUGCAGUCUGUGUACAAUGGAGAGGUAACCCUGCUGCAUUGUGAUCAUAUUUAUUCCACAAACAUGUCAAGCAUCUUUCUUGGUUGUAUGCUGUCCUUGAUUUUCUAUUGAUGUAGCCAUGGAGGAAUAUCCUGCACGAAAGGAUUCAAUUAAAUGAUUGUCUGUCUGUGCUUCCACCGCAAACUGUUUGCUGGGACCUCAUACACUUAUGUUAUUACUAAUAUUCAUCAUGUACCAUCUUCUGUCAGUGGCAACUGGCAACUGAAAGAAACAAGUACUGUAAUAACCUGGUUGUUACACACCUGUUACUGACUACCGUACUGUAACAACGGCGUUUGAUUGGAGGAGAAGUAAGGGUAGAGGAAUGAAAUGCCGAUUUAUGUUCGUAACUAACAUGAUUGAAAUACUGGGUUGAAAAGAGGGUAGUUGGCACACCAUGUACUCCAGCACAGUGAUGGUCUUGUAUACUCAACAAUAGAUUUAAUGUAUCUUGAACCAAAGUUUGUGUCAAUCAGAACAUUCUAGAUAAUCUAGUUGAAGAUGCAUUGUGGAGCAUACAAGAAUACCAGACAGUAUCUUGGACUUCCUAUUUUAAUCUAAAUGGGGAAAAAUCAUCAGAAAGAGUACAUUGACUUGUGUGAACUUAGAUGGGUGCUAUUAUGUGAUGGUGAACUGUUGUGGAAUCUCCUCACACCAGUGGUUUAGGUCAGCCCCUUAUAGAGCAGCAGGGACAGACUGACAGCCCAUUUCAAGGCUUUUAAUGUCACUCCCUGUAUCUCCCCACUGCUGAGCUCCAGAGAAAGUUACUGCCUAUGUUUCACAAUAACUCACCAGGGGGGGAUUAAACCUGCUCCCCUGUUGCCAUGGCAAACUCCCUUAAAGAUACCAACUGUGAAGGUGCUGCUGUCUGAUGUACUCUGCAGAGGGGCAGGGAUGUCUUGAUUUUCAUUCAUUUUCAACCCAAAACAUCUCUUGCCUAAGGUUCCCAAUAUACAGUACAUGACGAUCUAUUACAUUAAAUGAAGAUCAUUGAGUAACUUUUCCUAUAGAGUGCUGUAAUGCAUUUUAAUUGUCAGCCAUAGGGUACAUGCCAAUUCAGAUAUAUGCACAUUCUGUGUAUGUUCUAAUCCGUGCAUAUUUCCCAGCAACCAUGGAUGGAAAUGUAUGAUGUGUGUUUGAUGUUAGGAGGGUAUAGAGCAUAUGUGUUUGAGCUUACAUCAACUGUAUAUGAACAUAUGUAGUAGUAAUACAGAUAAUACCAACACAAUGGCAUACAGUGCUUCUGUAAAGGGAAAAACACUAUUAGAGUAAAUGUUUUUAUCUAUUAGAUUUCUGAGUUACUUAAUUACUUAGGCCCAUCGCCCCAUGAGAAGCAUAGGCCAUCAACUGGCCGUCAACUGAGUUGACUUCAUGUAUCUGAAAUUAUCUCAAAUUUAAACCCAAUGAAAUGAUACAAUCAUUUACUAUUCUCCUAAACUAUAAUGUUAAUGUGUAGGACAUAUAUUGUAUGAUUGUGUUAGCAGACAUACAGUAGUAGCUAUGCAAUAUACUGGACCAUAUGGGAUGCCCCAUAUGCAUCAUCAUAACUUCUUCUAAUAGGGAUUGGUUGAUGACACUACACCAUCAACCAUCUUGAUGACACUACACCAUUAACCAUCGUGACUAAUUGGUUGAUGACGCUACACCAUCAACAUCAUGACAAAUUGGUUGAUGACACUACACCAUCAACCAUCUUGACAAAUUGGUUGAUGACACUACACCAUCAACCAUCUUGAUGACACUACAUCAUCAACCAUCUUGACUAAUUGGUUGAUGACACUACACCAUCAACCAUCAUGACAAAUUGGUUGAUGACACUACACCAUCAACCAUCUUGAUGACACUACACCAUCAACCAUCUUGACAAAUUGGUUGAUGACACUACACUAUCAACCAUCUUGAUGACACUACAUCAUCAACCAUCUUGACUAAUUGGUUGAUGACACUACACCAUCAACCAUCAUGACAAAUUGGUUGAUGACACUACACCAUCAACCAUCAUGACAAAUUGGUUGAUGACACUACACCGUCAACCAUUAUGACAAAUUGGUUGAUGACACUACACCAUCAACCAUCUUGACAAAUUGGUUGAUGACACUAGACCAUCAACCAUCAUGACAAAUUGGUUGAUGACACUACACCAUCAACCAUCAUGACAAAUUGGUUGAUGACACUACACCAUCAACCAUCUUGAUGACACUACACCAUCAACCAUCAUGACAAAUUGGUUGAUGACACUACACCGUCAACCAUCAUGACAAAUUGGUUGAUGACACUACACCAUCAACCAUCUUGACAAAUUGGUUGAUGACACUACACCAUCAACAUUGUCUGAUGACACGACACCAUCAACAUUGUCCGAUGACACUAGCUCAAAUGUUAUGCCUUUAUUUUUUAUUCGCUUGUUCUCAUCAAUUUGGUUUCUGCAACCUUAUUUAACACUUGUUUUGGAAAUGACCCUAAAUAAAGGAUACUUUCCUUGGGAAGGCAUGGGUUGAGUAUAUUUUAUAUGCAACUUUUGUAAAAGUCUACAUUUUAUACCUGAUUUGUAAUUAUGUAAAUGAAGGCUCCAGAUGAUAAAAUCAGAUAAUGUAAGCAACGUCAGGAUAAAGCACAAGUGGACUUAACAUAUAUAUUGUAUCUGCCUCUAAUACCUGCUUAUUACCAUACUGGAAUUUAUUUGAAUUGCAAAUUAAACACAGCUUUUCUCA